AUAAGAAUCUUAGAAAGAUAAUUUUUAUAAAUAUUGCUGAGUAAUUUAUCUUAUUUUGCAUUAUAACGUACAAUAACUUUAUAUUUGAUAUUUAUAUAAAAAAUUAUUGUUUGAUAAAAUGGCUAAAAAAAUUAAACAAGAAUUGCUGGAAACUGGUGAGACAUUACAUUGCUGCCCUCAAUGUCCAUUUAAAUCCGAAAGACUAAAAACUACAAAAGUUCACAUGCUCCGUCAUUCAGAAGAGUUUACUUGUAAAAAAUGUAAAAAAUCAUAUAGAUCGGAAAAGGAUUUGAGAAGCCACAUGAAAAAUAUUCACAAAGAUUCAGAAAUGUAUGCAAAACAGCUGAUGAAGAAAGAACAACAGAGUGAGGUCAUGAAACUACAAAAAAAUAGCCUUAGACAUCGCCAAGAAUUGCAUAGUGGCAAAUUCCGUUGUAAUUACUGUGAAUACACAACAGAUCGUCAAAUACUUUUAAAUCAGCAUUGUAAAUAUCACAUGAACUCCUCCGUAAUAAAACACUUGUGUCCAGCGUGUUUCAAACCAUUCCCCUCUCCUUACCACGUUAAGAGACAUAUCCAUUAUAAUCAUCCCGAUACAAUAUACUCAUUAAUAAAACUUGAACCAAAAAAAACAGAAGGAGUUACACUAAAAAAAAAUACGAGGAAAAAAAAUAUAAUUGAGUCAUCACGGGAAUCAAUAAAAUCAAAGGUAAUGAGGACAAAUGAAACUAAGAGCGAAGCGGUCUACCUCAAUACUGAAAAACACUCGAAGAAUGUCUACCAAUGUGCCAAUUGUAAAUAUAAUACAACACAAAAAAACCAUCUGAGGCAACAUAUGACUUAUCACAGCUCAAAACACCUUUGUGAAAUUUGUAAAAAAGCAUUUCCGUGUUCAAAAAGACUACAAUUACAUGUGGAGCGUAUUCAUUCGAAGGAAAUAUUAGAGAAAAGUGAAAGUGUCUUACAAAAAAAAUCUCUGACAAGCUUAUGGGGUUUUGAUUUAAGUGAUUUUGGUAUAGAUGCCAUAGUACUUAACGAUGAAAUAGAGCAAAAUGCAAUUACCAACUCUCCAAAUAUAUUUCCGCCAGAUUUCAAUAUUCAAACAGAAUUGCCCUCUGAAAUUGAAAAUCCUUAUUCUUGCCCAUUUUGCUCAUAUCGCGGUAAGAAAAAAAGAAAUUUGGAUUCACACAUGGUUUAUCACACAGACAAAUUUAAAUGCAAUACUUGUUCAAAGCGUCAUCCAACUUUAUAUCACUUGAACCGUCAUAUUCGAUUAGUGCAUUUUGGAGGUUCUGUAGAAAAUUUUACUGAACGUACUAAGGAAAUUGAUAUCAAUAAACAAUAUGAAUAUAGUCUUCCGUUCAAUCUAACACAUUUAAUGACUGUUGAAGCAACUGAAGACAUUAAUGGUACUAUCAAACUUGAACCAAAUUCUGACUAUGAAAAUGAAAAACAUCAAGUUUUUGUACAACACAAAAAUUCUAUUUCAAUAAAAAAAAAUGAACGAUAUUUUUCACCAAAAAAUUAUUUUGAAACUAGUUUGAAAAAUGAAAUCCAAUAUUUUGUCGAAAAUGAUGGAAAGAAAAUCUUUUUUUGUUCAGACUGUCCAUAUCAAAAUGCAAAAAAACAAAAUGUUAAGCAACAUAAAAAGAUCCACACACUUCAAUAUGCUUGCCACAAUUGUGGCAAAGGACAUACAACGUCAUAUCAUCUGAAAAGACAUAUAAGUAAUUGCCAAAACUAACAAAAAUAAAAUAAUUUAGGAUAGAUGAACACGCAACGACCUUUUAAAAUCAUUUAAAGUUUAUUUUACAUCUUGAAUAAUUUCUUACAAUAUACGAUUUUUGAAAUAGUUAAAUUUAUAAAAAUACAUACGUUAGUCUUUAAAUUAAAUUUAUUUUUAUAAAUUAGAAUAAUAUAUUAUAAAAUUAUAAAUGAAAUACAAAUAAAAGUAAAAAGUAAAUGUAAAACCUCUAUUAGACCAGUUGUUUGUAAAAUAUGUCAUUAUCCAUGUUAUAUCAGGCUGUUUUGUUAUUGAAA